UUGAAACCCAACAUUACCACGAUGCCGUCUAUGACGUAUGAGUGUCUCUUCCCGGGGGUGUGGAGUGAUGGGUCACUAGCACCAUGUGAACCAAAAAGUUGCAAGGCACCACCAGAGGUUAAGUACGCCGAGAAAAAUUCUAGUGAUCGUGUGUUUCCCGCUUGGAUUGAGUACAAAUGUACACAUGGUUACCACUAUGAACAUGAUAACACAAGCGCCAAGGUAGCUUGGUGUAGCCCUGAUCAGGAAUGGACUGACGUUCCAGAAGACUGCAGUCCUGUAGAAUGUGGUCAAUUUCCUCCUGUUGGUAACGCUACUGUCAGCUCUGUCUACAAGAACCGCUACAGGGACACAGUAGUGUGGACCUGCAUCCCUGGCUUCAUGUUCCCCGACCGGGCUGUAAGGCAGUGGGUAGGAUGCCGGGAAAACUACGUCAACUGGCAGAUCGGUAGAUGGAACCUGAGCAAACUGCCUGAUUGCAUCCCCCUGUUCUGCCUCGAACCUCCGAACCCAGCCAAUACGACAAGGAGUUCGAUUGCGACGGCCUACAGAAGCAUUAUUUCGUACAGAUGUGUGAGUGAUAGAUACGAGUUUCCGAGCGGGGAUGAAGAGCUUUUUACUCAAUGCAACAUGGAUGCCUUAUGGCGCCCUUCCGUUCCACAUUGCAGGAAUAAACCUCCAAAGCUGAAGAUGAAGGGCAAGAAAUACGAACCACCACCAAUGGAAUCUCCCGAGGCCAAGACAGUUGGCACGGUGGCUGUUGCUAUCAUGGUAAUUCUACUGGUUCUUACGAUCUUGAUUGAUAUAGGGUCGUGGUAUCAAGGAUUCCAGUUCCUCAGAUAUAACCUAAGGACUUUUUGUCGAUACUACGGUUUUUUGGAGCCGGACCAAGCAGCUUCAGAUGCAGCACCUUCUCAGCCAACAGGCCCAAUAUGUUACACACCCCAUCCAUCAGUCCACCCUUUGAAUACCCAAGCACUGUCGGAUAUUGAUUUAAGUUAUUAGUAAAGCAUGUACGUGUGUAAACUGUUAUGGUUUUCGCUAAAGUUGAGACAGUGCCAUAUCGUUAUCAUAAUCGAGUUUUAUUUGUGGUAUUCUGAUAAACCAUUGUUUUCCAUUGUUUAUUACAUUAGCAGGUCCAUUGUAUUUGUUCGCUCGUUGUGUAAUCACGUUUUCUAACGAAUCAAUUGUAUGCUAAUUAACCUAUCCCCGUGUAAACAUGUACCAGUAAUGGCUUAUUAAUAAUUAUGUAUU